GCUCUAGGCACUUUUUAUGAAAAAAAAAUUAAAAAUUUAUUCUAUUUGCUGCUGUUUAGAAUUCAUAAGCAACCCUAAAACCCACUUAUCCAUCCCACCCACGACCGGACGGCGAACGACCCUCACGGCCCUACCGCAUCACCACCAACCAUCGCCGGAAUCUCUCGCCAGUCGCCACCCCUCACUGGUAGUUCGCUGUGACCUGUGAGUCUUUGACGCAGUCUGCUGUUCACAAUUCGCAAAUCGCAACGCCUGAAGGCCAUCACUGCUGCUGCUGCCUGCACUUGCUGCCGUGAAGUCAAGCUAUCAGGCCUAACGAGGCCACCGUGAUACACCAUACCAACCCACCUUCAAUUAAAUUUCAGCUUGAAUUGAUGCAACAAUGGGUAGUGAAGCCAAAUUAAAAUCAUGGGUCUCCCACAAAUUGAUGUCUCUUUUGGGCUACUCUCAACCUACUGUUGUCCAAUACAUUAUUGGUUUCUCUAAUCAAGCUUCUUCCUCUGGAGAUGUUGUGGGAAAACUUGUGGAGUUUGGGCUAUCAUCGUCUACUGAAACACGUGCUUUUGCAGAAGAGAUUUAUGCUCGCCUUCCUCGUAAAAAUGCUGGAGUUAAUUCUCUGUGUGACAGUGCGACUGCGCCUUCGCCCUUUUCCUUCCUCUUCUUUGCGGCAACUUCUUCUCAGUGUGACUGUGCGCCUUCUCCUUCCUCUUCUCUGCGGCACCAAGAAAAAAACCAAAGCUUACACCGUGAAAUCAAAAGACUUAGGUGCCAUCACCCAGCUGAAGCUCCAAUGGGCCAAGACAAGCCCCUUGUCAUGCGCUAGGAGGGAGACGGGCCUCGAAAGGAAAAGCUAAGAUCGAGCCUACAGAAAUUAGCAAUCCAAUCACUAGUGGAAAAAAUCACAUUUGCUGCGCAACACAUGCUGCGGUUUUACAAAAAAACAGCAUAAAAUUAUUUUUGAAAAAAAAAAUUAAAUAUAUGCUGCGGUUUUCCCGUUGCCCGCAACAAUUAAUUGAAGAUUCACAAGCAUAUGCUGUGGUUUUCUCUUGCCCGCAGCAAUUAAUUAGUACAUGUUGCGGUUUUCUCUCAGCCCGCAGCAAAUAAGCAUUAAAAAAUCCCCCCUUUCAACGUUAUACCCUUAAACCCACACGAAGAAUUUUUAUAAAACACUCGAAAACGGCUGCUACCGUUUCAUAAAACAUCUUCUUCACGCUACUACGUACCGUGUUCUUCUGCAAGUUCCAUUGUCUUCUUCAAGUGCCAUUGUCUUCUUCAAUUUCGCAUACUGUCUUCUUGUUCAACCCACGCACACACUGCUAUUGUCUUAUUCUUCAAGUUCGUUCUUCUUCUUCUUGUUCAAGUUCUUUAAACCCACACGAAAAACCCACGAACAUUUCAAAAUAAACACCAUUUUCGUUCCUUUUCUUCUUCUUUAACAUUUAAAAUCCACCAUUGUUGCUUCCUUCAAAAACCCACGAAAUAAGGGUUUAUUCUUAUUCUUCGUCAAGGUUGCAUAAUCAAAUUUAAAAACAACAUUAUCAUAUCUAUUACAUGUGAUAUUUUGUCAAGAUUACCAACAAAAUGAAGGAAGAAGAUUAUCUGAUUAGACCCUGUUUUGAAGAAAUCCCAUCUUCAAUUAUAUGUGAUAUUUUGUCAACAUUACCAACAAAAUCAUGCUUAAACUGUAAACUUGUAUGUAAGGAAUGGUAUGAGAUUAUUACAAGUUCUAAAUUUGCUGA